CCGGGCCGGUUUCCGUGGAUGGGCUAAACGGGCUCUGGCCGAGCCACGACAUCUCUCAGCGCCAUUAGAUCAAAUCGUUCUCUGGUUCGUCGACAGCCGAUCAAAUCACUGCUCAACCAGAAGAAGAUUGUCGCUCCUUCGUAGCAUAAUUUCAGCACAAGGUCGUCGGUCGAAGGGGAGGAAGAAUGGCUACUGCGGUAAUCGUAGGAGACGCGAGCUCCUGGGCUCGAGCGCUCGUUAGGAUCUCUCCGUACACCUUCUCCGCCAUCGGAAUCGCCAUCUCUAUCGGAGUCUCUGUCCUCGGCGCUGCCUGGGGGAUUUACAUCACCGGAAGUAGCUUGAUCGGAGCUGCAAUCAAAGCUCCUCGCAUCACCUCUAAGAAUCUAAUCAGUGUGAUCUUUUGUGAAGCUGUUGCCAUAUACGGUGUCAUUGUGGCAAUUAUCCUGCAAACAAAAUUGGAGAGUGUUCCUGCUUCACAGAUAUAUGCUCCUGAAUCUCUGCGAGCUGGUUAUGCAAUUUUUGCAUCUGGUAUUAUUGUUGGCUUCGCCAACCUCGUUUGCGGGGUGUGUGUUGGAGUCAUUGGGAGCAGCUGUGCACUCUCCGAUGCCCAGAACUCAUCACUUUUUGUGAAGAUUCUCGUGAUUGAAAUAUUCGGCAGUGCUCUUGGGUUGUUUGGAGUGAUUGUGGGCAUCAUCAUGUCUGCUCAAGCAUCAUGGCCUUCCAAAGUGUAACAACAUGUCGUUGAUGGAAUCAGAUGAAGGAAUUGAGGGACCAUGUAAUGUAGGUAUUACUCAUGAUCCCAAGUGCGCCCUGUGUAUCUUAUUCUUUCAUAUCGUUUGUUAUGAAUACAAGGUGUUUGGUAAAAAGGAAGAAAGAUGCUUGUGGGGGAGGUUAGACCACCUGUACUACUGUUAAGUAAGUUUUGUUGUCCGAACAGAAUAAGUACUCGGGACCAAAUGAGUUGUGUAAUUUUUACUGAAAGCUGGUGCGUUACUGUUGAAUGAUGUUGUUGUUGUGUUCCCUGGUAGAUUCUUUCUUCUGCUCCGGGAAUGUCCUUGGACUUGAAGACGUGAGGGUGAAGGCAGUUGCUGAAAUUUCUUGCUUGCUUAGUUUGAACACAACUCUUGAAAUGUUACUCUGUUGUGUCAAGUACUAUCCAGCGAAAACGAUAUAUAAGUUUGAGGCUGGUGUUUACUAUUGAUUUUUGUUUUGUGUUCCCUGGUAGAUUCGUCUUCUGCCCUGGUAAUUUCCUGGGAGUGGAAGACGUGAGAGUGAAGGUAGCUGUCGAAACUCCUUGGUUGGUGAGUGUGAAAGUGGUCUUGGAAAUCUAGUUCCCUUCAUCGUUCCCAGAAAGGCAGAUGGCGUCGAAUAACCACAUGCGCGCUCCAUUUUUCCUCCUUGUUCGUAGUGUUAGUUCGAUCUAACAUUAUCAAACAAGAUUGUUG